AUGAGUGACUCAGACAACGAAGCACCCGAAAUAGGUCUUGAUGAAUCGAAAGACGGGAGCAGAACAUGUCCAGAAUGUCAUUCCAAAAACUUAAGGAAAGAGAAUGGGAGUACAAUUUGUGAAGAUUGUGGGUUGGUGCUUGACGAUUGUGGUGCGCUCAUUGCGGAGCUCCAAUUUGACGAGAGUGGUGGUCGGAAGAGACUUGCCGGCACGCAGUUUGGUGAAACGGAGCGACGGCGGUACGAUGUUGAGCGCCAGAUGCGGGCCAUUCGCCGAGUUGGUGAGAUGCUUAAAAUGAAGAGUAGUGACAUUGAAAGUGGUGAGAGACUCUAUCGAGUAGCAAUGCAGCGUGGGAUAACAAAAGGUCGGAGAGUUGCUUACAGUGCUGGAGCGUGUCUGUAUAUCAUCUGUCGAAGAGAACGAACGGAUCAUUUACUUAUAGACUUUGCGGAUGUUUUGCAUGUAUCUGUGAGGAAGUUAGGAAGGACAUUUAUUCACUUUUGUAAGGAGUUAAAACUCGACUUGCCCUUUGUCGACCCUUGCUUGUACUUACAACGAUUUGGAGAGGAUUUGGCGUUUGAGAAAACAGCGGACGUCGUUCGAACUGCAAUGAGAAUAUGUCAAAGGAUGAACAGAGACUGGAUGCACUAUGGCAGACGACCAAGUGGGAUUUGUGGCGUCGCUUUGUAUCUUGCGGGAAGACUUCACAACGAGCCAAGAACACUUGAAGAGAUCGUUCAUGUGGUUCGAUUGUCGACUACAACAGUUAGAGUCAGGUUGAAAGAGUUUCUUCGAACGCCAUCGGCCGAUUUGACAUUGGAACAACUGAACGAAGAAGACACUUCGACGACGCACUGUAAUCCCCCCAGUUACACACAAAAUCGACUGAAAGACAAAGCAAGAGAAGUAGUAGGAGCAAAUGUCCCUUUGAAGAAGCGGAAAAGAAAUUGUGACGAAUAUGAAGCUGCUGAAGAUAAGAAACUAACAGAGGAAAUCGCGACGUUGAUUGGAGGAGAAGUCGAGAAGAUCAUGGGGUGUAAAAACAUCGACGAGAAACCAAUCAACCUCGGCAGUUUGGAAGGGAAGAGUGCGAAGGACGUUGGGCUUGAAGGUGAAAAAUUUGAUGUAGAGAAGUUGGUUGACGUUCAAAAGAUCAAAGAAGACGAUUUUGAGAGUGAAGGAGUCGACGAGGGAGAGUGCCAAGUCGGAGACUGUGCUGCGUUUGAUUCGGAGUUAGACGGAUAUUUUCUCGAUGAUACCGAAGCCGAAAAACGGAAACAAAUAUGGGAAGAGCUGAACGCAGAGUUUCUUGAGAAGGAGAAGAAACGUGUCGAAGAUGGUGAAGACCAGCCCAUACGCAAGAAGAGAGAUAAAAAGACCAAAAAGAAUCAUUCGACGUUUGGAGAGGCUAUGUCCGAACAACUGAAGAAAAGAAGUUCACGAAUCAACUGGGACAUCUUAGGGAAAAUGAUUGAACAAACUGAGAAACUCGCCAAAGGGGAAGUCGAUGUUAAAAUCGAAACAAAAGAUGAAAAUGACGAAGAGGAAGAAGAGAGUGAAGUGAAAGAUGUCAAACAAGAAGAUGAAAUGCAGGAUGAAUAUUUCGAUGAUGAGAAAGGAAGCGAGGAAUUCUCAUAA